ACUAAACAAUUUGGUGUCAUGGUUGUGGCAAGAGAGCACCAACAGUGGGCUAUAUGUGUUAGUUGUCACCAUUUCAUUACUAGUCUCGGCUAUUUUAUGGUAUAAGUUGAGAGUUUCACACUACACAAAUGAUGCACCACCACUACCACCUGGUCCCCGUUCUUUCCCAAUCAUUGGGUACCUUCCAUUUCUUACUCCUGAGUUGCACACACAGUUCACCAACAUGGCUCACACCUAUGGUCCCAUCUUCAAGUUCAAGGUUGGAAGCAAACUUCACGUUGUCAUAAACACCCCUGAGUUAGCGAAAGUAGUGGUUCGCGACCAAGAUGAGGUAUUUUCUAACCGUGACCAACCAAUCGCCGCGUUAUCAAUAUCUUAUGGAGGCCAAGAUAUAAUAUUUUCCAAAAAUAACGCCAACUGGCGUAAGCUUAGGAAGAUAUUUGUCCAUGAGAUACAAAGCGGCAUGAAUCUUAAAGCAUCUGCUUCUUUUCGAAGAGACGAGGUUAGAAAAACUAUCAAGAAUGUUUUUGGUAACGUGGGUACCGCUAUUGACAUUCGUGAGAUGGCUUUUGAUACCGAAGCGAAUGUCAUAACAAGAAUGAUUUGGGAAAACACAACGGAUUACAAGGCGAAAAAAACCAAUCUUGGAGGUGAGAUAUAUACCGUAGCUUCAAAUAUCGUUAAGAUUCUUGGACGAGUGAAUUUGUCUGAUUUCUUCCCAAGUCUUGCCCGGUUUGAUCUACAAGGUGUUGAGCGGGACAUGAAGAUGCAACUUAACAAGUUGGAUGAGAUUUUCACUAGCAUCAUUGAAGAUCGAAUGGAAUCCAACUUGAAAAGGCCACAACAUGAAGUUGAGCAUGAUGGAAAUAAAGAUUUUGUACAGAUGUUACUAGACCACCGGGACGAAAAAGAUGCAAGUGGAACAUUGCUUAGCAUGACCCAAAUGAAGGCACUUCUCAUGAACGCUCUUACUGCAGGAACUGACACAACUGCAACAACCGUAGAAUUUGCAAUGGCAGCUAUUAUGCAAGAUGACAACAUAAUGAAAAGGGUUCAAGAAGAAUUAGUAGAGAUUGUAGGACUAAAUAACAUGGUCGAAGAAUCUCAUCUCCCAAAUCUACGUUACCUACAUGCAACAUUCAAGGAAACAUUACGGUUAUAUCCUAUAGUCCCUUUCCUAGUCCCACGAUCGUCAAGCAAGGCGUGUACGGUAGGUGGAUAUACAAUCCCAAAGGGUUGUACUAUCUUUCUCAAUGUUUGGUCAAUCCAUCGGGAUCCUCGGUAUUGGGACAAUCCCUUGGAAUUCAACCCCCAAAGGUUCUUGGCAAACGAAUUGGAUCAUAAGGGAAACAAUUUGAGGUUUUUCCCAUUUGGAUCAGGGAGAAGAUUGUGUGCAGGUGUUGCAUUGGCCGAGAAAAUGGUAAUGCAUAUCUUAGCUUCACUCUUACACUCAUUUGAUUGGAGCUUGCCUAAUGGUAAAGAGCAUGACCUUAGUGAAACAUUUGGCAUUGUAUUAAAGAAAAGAAAACGACUCGUUGCUAUCCCAUACCAAAGGUUGCCAGAUGCAGGUCUCUAUAUGUAAUCUCCUAGGACUUCUUUCUUAUGUUGAUUGCAUGUAUAUUGUUUGUUUUGUGUUAUAAGCGUUUUAGCGUCUAUAUGAAAUAAAUUUCGAUGUGUAUUGAAAACCAUAAACGAACAAACUAUAGUCACAUAGUUUGAGGUAUGCUCAGGUACAGGAACGUGGAACGGGAUCGCAAUUUGCUAGGUCUCUAAAAUUCGGUACUGUCGGGGUAGGCUCAUUUCGGAUCGCUCCGGUACGAUGUACCAUGUAAUGUGGUAUGAUGUAUUACCAGUUUCAUCAAAAACUA